AUGACAGAACGGCAACACCUUCUCUGUGAGGCCGCAGCAGCUGACAUUCGUGGAAUUUUCAGUCUUACUCCGUGUUUCUGCCGUCUCUCUUUCUCUUUUGAGUCGACUCAAAAGUCUUUCCAGUUUUCAGCUGAUGGCUCUCUCCUCGAGAUGGUGUGGGAGAUGUUCCUUUCAGAGCAGCCCACAGUCACCACACAGGAGUUUGCAGAGAUCGCCUUUGGAGAGGCUGAGGAUCCGCUAGUGCCGCACUUUGCCGCCCAUCGAAUGCUGACUGCCGACCGCAUCUUCUUCAAGAGAGUCCGCGGCGCCGCCCACUCCUUUGAGCUGCGGCCGCCCGUGCAGGUGGAGCAGCUGAGGAAGCAAGCAGCAGCAGAGGCAGCAGUGCGAGCGGAGCAAGAGGAGCGAGAGCAGAGAGGGCAGAGGGAGCAGGAGGGGGGAGUGGAGCAGCUAAGGAAGCAGGCAGCAGCGGAGGCAGCAGUGCGAGCGGAGCAAGAAGAGUUUGCAGUAUUUGUAACGCCUCGUCUGUGUGACACUCGUGGAAUCUCCAAAGCAGCCUGCGACCUGCUCGUUCGUGCUGGCGCCCUUCCACUCCACUUCCACUCCUUCAUCUCAUCUCUCUUUCCGGCCCUCUCUGCCCGUUCCUCCCGCAUUCCCCUUCUCCCUUCUGCUCCCUCCCACAGUCUCUGCAACUCCUCGGCUUCUCUGCAACUCCUCGGCUGUGUGAGAACGCCAGAAGCAGCAUGUGACCUGCUUGUCCGUCCGGGCGCCCUUCCACUCCACUUCCACUCCUUCAUCACAUCUCUCUUUCCGGCACUCUCUGCCCGUUCCUCCCGCAUUCCCCUUCUCUUCUCUGCUCUCUCCCCCAGUCCCUGCAACUCCUCGGCUUCCCUGCAGCUCCUCGGCUGUGUGAGAACGCCAGAAGCAGCUUGCGAUCUGCUCGUCCGAGCAGGCGCCCUUCCCCUCCACUCCCACUCCUUCCGCCUUGCUGCCUCCGCCAUGCCUGCAACCUUCCCAGCAAGUGUCGCCGAUUAUUCUGCUAAUCUCGCAGCUAACCCCCCACCAGACCCUGAUCAGAGGGUUAAUGGGCCAUUAAUAUACCUCUCCCCUCUCUCCGCUCUCCCCUUGAUACUUCUCCCUCUGUUUCCUCUCCCUCUCAUUCCUCUCUUUGUCCCCUCUCCUCCUUCCCUUCCCCUCUUCCUUUCUCUCUUUCUUCAGAGCAUACGUGUCGAUCUGACGCAUCUCAAAAGCAUACGCGUCGAUUUAACUCAUCUCAAAAGCAUACGCGUCGACCUAACUCAUCUCAAAGGCAUACGAGUUGAUCUGACGCAUCUCAAAGUCUACACCAUCGACUCAUACGACACGGUAGAAGUGGACGACGGGUUGAGUGCAGAAACCCUCCCGGACGGCCGGAUCAAGGUCUGGAUCCACGUGGCUGAUCCGAGCCGCUGGAUGAGGCUCGGCGACAGGCUUGACACGGAGGCUCGGAAGCGAGCCACGUCCGCGUAUUUUGCUACGGGAGCUGUGCCUAUGAUUCCGUUCUCCCUGGCCGCGGGUCCCAUGAGUCUCUCUCUUCCUCCUGCUCCUGCUGCUGCUCCUGCUGCUGCUGCUGCCGAUGCUGCUGGUGCUAAUGGUGGUGCUGCUACUGGGGACUCUGCUUCUGCUGUCGUCUGUGCGGUCACUGUAGUAGUCACACUGAAUCCCGAUUUCAGCAUCGAUGACGUGGACAUCAUGAAUUCCUUCAUCUGCCCGACCUACCGACUAGCCUACGACCAGCUUCCCGAAAUGCUUGCAAUGGCGGGCGAACACGAACCGGAGCUUCUCCUCCUAUCAGACGUUGCUGCCGGCCGGUUACGUUACCGCAUGCAAAACGGGGCAGCAAACAUCUCAAUCCCCGAAUCCGACAUCAAAGUUUUUUCCGCCACGUCACACUGCCCGGAAAUCUCGGUCAGCACGAUCGACCAGUCCGACCCGUCCCGGAGGCUCGUGUCCGAAGCUAUGGUUCUCUGCGGCGAGGCUGUGGCUAGGUUCGGCGCCGAACGUGACCUGCCGCUGCCGUACCGAGGCCAGGGCCCUCCGGACCGAAUGACAGAUGAGGAUGAGGAGGAUAUGCAAGCGCUCCCCGAGGGGCCAUGCAGAGCGGUGCAUUUGAGAUCGUUUAUGAGUCGCAGUGAGAUCAAAUGCUCCGGGCCGAUUCCGCAUGCUGGGCUGGGGCUGCAGGGGUACGUGCAGUUCUCGUCGCCCAUCAGAAGAUACUCCGACCUGCUCGCGCAUUAUCAGGUGAAGGCACUACUAAGGGGUGAGCCGCCUCCGCUAUCCGUAUCAGAUCUCGACACAAUCGUAUCGCACUGUGCCGCCCGGCAGCGCGAGGUGCGGCGGGCGGAAGGGGCGGUGGAGCGCUACUGGCUGCAGGAGUACCUGCGGCGGCUGCCGGCCAAUACCGUGCUGACAGCUGUCAUGCUCAAGUGGCUCCGGGCUGAUGGUAGCCCUCUGGCGCUGAUGCUGGUAGAGGAGGUGGGGAUGAAGACGGUUAUGAAGUUGCAGCGGGACGUGCGUGUGGGAGACUCAGUGGAUGUGAUUUUAGCGGAAGCUGACUUUCCUUUCUUCUCUAUGUUUAUUCUUUGCCUUUUCGUCCCUCAGGUUGGGAUGGAGACAGUCAUGAAGAUGCAGCGGGACGUGCGGGUGGGAGACUCAGUGGAUGUGAUUAUAGCAGAGGCGGAUCCUGCAAGGGACAAGCUGCGGCUCGUGGAAGCACCUCCGAGUUUCAGAGAAGCUCAGAUGAGAGGUUUGGCGUAUGGGGAAGGAGAGGAAGGUGGGCUGGAGGAUGGUGGGGAGGAGGAUAGGAGAGAGGAAGGGGAAUUGGAAGCUGGGGAGGGGGAGAGCAGUGGAGAGGCAUGGGAGGGUAGCGUGGAUGUUGAGAUCCAGCCACUUGCAAAGCUAUGA